CCCCGGCGGCGCGGCGCGCGGCUCCGCACAGGGCGGCGCGGGCGCGGUGAGUGAGUGGCGCUGGCGGGCUGUCAAUCCCUGCCGGGGCGGCCAUCAAACACCGCGGCUCCGCGGCCGUAAAUCCCGCCGACGCCUUCUGCCUUUUUUCCUCUUUUUUUCUCUAUUUUUUUUCCCCCCCGCGCGCUGCUUCGCGCAGAGUCUGUAAUUAAUUCUGUUUUCCGUGGCGGUUCCUCUCGCCCCGCGGCCGCCGCGCUUUCUUCGCCCAAGUUCAAACUUUCCGCCCCGGGGGCGCCGGGCGCUUCUCCUGGUUUUUCCCCUCAGCGAUCGCGCUUCUCGGCGUUUUUAUGUCGCGGUUCGGGGGCGGGGGUGUCGCCCGGGUUUGUUGUGGUUUUCGCCGUUUCCACCCUCCCAACUUCUGAAGGAUUUGAGAGCGAGCGCUUCGAUUUUCUACCUGUGUUUUCUUGUUGUUGAAUUUGCCUUAUUUUUUUUAUUUUUGCAAAGAUUAUUUUUUUGUGUGGUUUUUUUUUUUUUUUUGUUUGGACAAGUGAGGAAAAGACAUAAAAAAGCAGCCCUAAAAGCUCAGAGCCCCCCGGGGCGCCUCGGAGGAGCCGGCGGCGCCCGGCGAUGCGGGCAGCCCGCGCCUAGAGGCGGGCGGCGCGGGGCGAGGAGCGGCGGCCGCUCCGCCGGCGCGCGGCAUGGACGAGCAGUCCCGAAUGCUGCAGACCCUGGCCGGGGUCAGCCUGGCCGGGCACUCGGUGCAGGGGGGCAUGGCCCUGCCGCCGCACGGCCACGACGGCGCCGACGGCGACGGCAGGAAGCAGGACAUCGGCGACAUCCUCCACCAGAUCAUGACCAUCACCGACCAGAGCCUGGACGAGGCGCAAGCAAAGAAGCAUGCACUGAACUGCCACAGGAUGAAACCUGCCUUGUUCAGUGUCCUCUGCGAGAUCAAGGAGAAAACAGGUUUGAGCAUCCGAGGAGCCCAGGAGGAAGACCCUCCCGAUCCCCAGCUAAUGAGACUAGACAAUAUGCUUCUGGCAGAAGGAGUCUCAGGUCCGGAGAAAGGUGGGGGAUCGGCGGCAGCAGCUGCAGCGGCAGCAGCCUCUGGAGGGUCUUCAGAUAACUCUAUUGAACACUCAGAUUACAGAGCCAAAUUGACCCAGAUCAGACAAAUCUAUCACACAGAGCUGGAGAAAUAUGAACAGGCAUGUAAUGAAUUUACCACACAUGUGAUGAACCUGCUCAGAGAACAGAGCCGGACACGUCCUAUUUCUCCCAAGGAGAUUGAAAGAAUGGUGGGCAUCAUUCAUCGAAAAUUCAGCUCCAUCCAGAUGCAACUCAAACAAAGUACUUGUGAAGCAGUAAUGAUUUUAAGAUCAAGGUUCCUUGAUGCCAGACGAAAAAGGCGUAACUUCAGUAAACAAGCCACAGAAAUCUUGAAUGAGUAUUUUUACUCCCACCUCAGUAACCCUUACCCCAGUGAAGAAGCCAAAGAAGAGCUGGCAAAGAAAUGCAGCAUCACGGUAUCACAGGUGUCCAACUGGUUUGGCAAUAAGAGGAUCAGGUACAAGAAGAACAUCGGGAAGUUUCAGGAAGAAGCCAAUCUCUACGCGGCCAAGACGGCUGUGACUGCAGCGCACGCCGUGGCUGCAGCCGUCCAGAACAACCAGACAAACUCCCCCACCACACCAAACUCUGGUUCUUCUGGUUCUUUUAACCUCCCAAAUUCUGGGGACAUGUUCAUGAACAUGCAGAGUCUGAAUGGGGAUUCUUACCAGGGGUCCCAAGUCGGAGCCAAUGUGCAGUCACAGGUGGAUACCCUGCGUCAUGUUAUCAAUCAGACGGGAGGAUACAAUGAUGGCUUGGGAGGAAAUUCACUGUACAGUCCACAUAACUUAAAUGCUAAUGGAGGCUGGCAGGACGCAACUACUCCAUCUUCUGUGACUUCCCCUACAGAAGGGCCGGGAAGUGUGCACUCUGAUACCUCUAACUAAUCUCCUAGCAACACUUUUUCCCUGAGCUGAGAUGCCUUGAUUAGCGCAUUCAGAGUCGCAGGAGAAAAAGGAAAGAGUUUUUUGUAGCCAACCACCUACAGCUUUACUGUAAAACCUUGUCUUAUUAGAAAACUUGGUAAAUCUGUUUUUUAAAGGUAUCAUAAUCAUUUGUAUUUAUACUUAAAACACACAAUGUUAAAAAGCACUUUAUCCAAUUAGGCCAAGAUUUAGCGUUGUUUAUAGCCCUGUAACUAUUUUAUCAUAAUUUAUUAUCAGCAGUUUUAACAAUGUUGGUCUCACAGUUGCCAAUGACUUGGCCUUAAGGGUAAAAGUACAGGACAAGCUUAACCUCAAUAGCAAGAGCAGACACAAAGAAACACCUCACCUAAACUUAACUUUGUGCAUAUUUCCAUGGAAAGUCAACGUGAGUUGCAGACUUUGAUUGUGUUUAAUCUUUUCAUAUCUCUUAUAGAGUUGGAAUAAAAAGCGCUGUUGGGUUAUUUCGGUUAACAAUGGUUGUGUUUAAGAAUCCUUAUUCGUCACAUUUUUGUUGUCCUACAAAUGAGAUUGGAAACCAGGAGCAUCUUUUCUUGCUAAAACCGCCCGGACCCCAAGUCUCCUCCCUGUAUUCACACCAGACACAGGUUGUUCUUGGGAGGUGAAGACACUUGCUGCUGAUCUCUGGGAAAGCCAAGACCUGGGGUUUUACAGUAUGAGCAAGGUGCUGCACACGCCUGCCAGGAUUUGUUACCUCUUCUUGGCAGCAAACCACAAACAAAGGAAAAAAAGCAAAGGAAAAAGCACCAUCACACGGAGUGUUGUACAUAGUGUAGCAAAAGAGUAUUUAUACAUCUCACCAAUCAAACACAGCUUUAUUACCUCAUGCGAACUCAUACGAACCAAUAGACUUUCAACAUGUUCUGUAGCUUAGAGUGCUCACUUACUACCUCUGAACGAUACUCACGCUGUAGUUUGUCUCUUUCUUAUCUUUUUGCAUCUUGUAAUUAACUCUUUGUUUCCCCAUGAGCUGUAAUGUACAUUGUAAUCUUUUAAAAGAAUCAGGGUUGCGUCGGCAACUUCUAAAGAGGCGGAGACAUGGGGGUCUUAGGUUAAACACAGAACAGUGAAACUGUUGUAAAUACUGAGAAGCAUUUUGAAUGUUCUUCAUCUUGUUACUAAUUCACGCAAACCCCAACGACUAAUUGUGAUGCAUACAGACUUCAGUAUUCAGUACUGUACAUUCCCUGUGUAACAGGGGCCCUUUCUUCUCUCUUUUGUAUUGUAUGCGAUUCUGAAACUGAUUGAGUCAUGAAAAUAAUUUGUGGCAGUGAUUCUAAUGUAUUAAACCGUUUCGUGUUACUUUCUAACUGGAUUACACCCUGGAUUGAGAAGUCUUCCUCGUGGUAGUUCUAUGUAGUUUCAAACAUGAAUAAACUUUUUGCUUUCAUGAUCAAAUGUGGACGUAAUUUCUUCCUGCUCAGUUGAAAUCGGACCCAGGAGAGGAGGACGCUGCCACAAGGGCAUGAAAUGGAAGCUGAGCUUUUCUUUAAAUACCAGUAGCUCCCUGGUGCCCUCUUGCCUGGAGGAGACUGGAAAUCAUGGGAGACGUGCGUCCUGACAGGGAGCAGGAGUGGGAGCUUCCCACUGCCUCGGCCAGCCCUUGCCUCUGCCUUCACCCCAUUCUGCUCAGAGCGAAAACCCAAGUGGAGGUGAAGGAAGGGGUCAGUCCUUCAGAUGAGCUCAAAAGUUAUCAUCAUGUUCACUCUUAAUUACCAUCUUUAUUUAACAUUAACUUUGGGACCGCAGCCUGGGCUAGCAAGUAUAAUAUGAUUAUAAAAAUAUUUUUCUUUAUUAAGAAAACUUUUUUUUGGAAGGACGUAUAUCUAUAAAUGCUAAUUUUACGUCUUUUUAAUAAAGUAAAGGUCAAUAACAGGUAAUGGCCUAUUUACCAUAUCUCAAGGAAAUCGACUCACAGGAAAUCAGAUUAACGUUAAUCACUUGCAGCAAAUGGUCUUUGAUAAAUACAACUACUGCCCGGGUGGGUGCGUACACCAGGCAGGAGGAGCAGAGCACUCACCGCUGCCGGCCCCGCUGCGCUGGAGCCCAGGCUUGGCUGUGCUCAGAGGAGCUGCCUGCCCACCGUGGUCCCGUUCCAGUCAGUUGUUCAGGCCUUCAGGUGGUGUCUUGGUGGCUCCAUGAUUAUUUGCAUGAUCUAAUUAGCUCGUGGCUCAGCUUCACUUAUCACGAUUCUUGUAUCAGGGUAUUUGGUGAAACACCUUUGUUUGGCCACUCUCUUUCCCCUCCACAUCCCGCGUGCCCUCGUGCCCCGGCCACUGCUGCCGCUUUUGUUUCUGGAGCAGACACAACUUCUCUAUCAGCUUUAGAACUGAAAACUGCUUCUUUCACCGCAGGUGGUGCAUUUAAAUAAGUAACAGAAUACCUAGAUGUGCGUUGCAAAGCCUUCGUUGUCAGUUAACGAGAGUUGGGGUGGAUGGGGACCGUGGACUUCCAAAGACUUCUGUGUGUGGAGGGCAAAGUGCUGAUUUGCAUUUGCUGAUGGAGCUCCCCAAGUCCAUGCGCCCGCUGUUCACGCUGCAGCUCCAUGGAAUCAGUGUUUUAAAUGUGAAGUGUGUCAGUGGAGGCGUAGGCAGCGUAAUGAACACGCAGACGUCCCUCAUCUUGAUCACAUCUCUGCUGCCCACAGGCAAGGACCUGUCACACGCGGAGGAGGUUCAUAGGAAGGCCAUCAACAACCUUUGGGCUGCACUCGCGUGCCCGCGCCCGCUGGGCAUCAUUAGCGUGCUGCUUUACAGCAUUAAGGGUUUGGGUCCCUUUGAAUUACAAGUGCAAUUUGGCCUUGCCUUACAUUGGGGAACAGCCACGUGGCUGCAUGGCAAAUAAUAAACAUCUUAUCCUUGAGGCCUGAUCACACAUCAGAAGGGUUUACUGCAAGCACCAGCGUUAGGAUCGUGCUGCCAAUGCUAUUGUAUUUCACCCAGUAGCGGCACCCGAAGGGCCGGCAGAGACUCGCGCAGGAGCAGUGGCUCUUGCAAAGAUCCCUGCUGCACGCACACAUCCUGCACGAGGCCAUGGCCCUGCAGCCGUGAGGAGCUCUGUUGCCGCAGCACCGCGUGCUCAUCCCGGGGUGGGGAGGAGAUCCUUGGCCCUCCCGCCUUGCUUGAUGGUACCACUCCGAUUGCCUGGCCCAGGCUGGAGCUGUUGGCGCGUGUGAGCACCACCGCGACCAAAGCAGCCACAGCCCUGUGCCUCCAACGCGCCAUCGUGGCAGAGGAGCAAAGCCUCGCCAGCCCCCUGUCCCGCGCCUCCCGCUGACCCGGGACAUGCCAGCUCAAGCUCGGUAGGAACAGCCGGGGUUUGCCCUGGGAUCGCCGUCUCCUGUGUCCGGCACUGUCCUGACGAAGGUGCCUGCUGCUGUCAUCACUGCGCUGCACAUCACCGGGCUGCGACAGGGGCGAGGAUGUCCAGAGGAGAGACCCGUGGUGCUGCCCUGUGCACAGCACAGCUGGGAAUCGGCCCCAGCUCCAUCCCACCCACCAGGCAGGGGGUCUGCGGCACAGCCACUGCAGUGCAGGGAGCAGGAGUGGGUGCAGGAAGCCCCACGGUCAGGGAGAAGCAGCACCGGGGUCCCUGGCAAACUUAGCCAGUUUGCAACUUGCAGAGCCGCGGCAGCAGCCCCAUGAGGAAAAGCAAAGCUUCGUGUGCCAAAACUGAAGCAGGCUGUGAUGUCCUCCCCCUGGCAUUCAGACACCGAGCUCCUGGCUCUGUGUAGCUGUCCUUGGAUGCAACGAGGGACCCUCAGCCCAGGAAUGGAAGAGUCGAGGAGAUCAUGACUUGGCAUGUCCAAAUCCAUGCCCUAUGGUUGAUGGAGGCAGCGCUUCUGAUGGUGCAAAAUUGGUGUUAAAUGUGCAAGGCUGAACGGUGCGGGGUCGCCCUAUAGUGAUGACUAUUGCAAAGACCACACACAAGUUCAAUGUAAGAUGCUGAUGCCAAUGUCUGUGCCAUGUAUUUCCAACGUGAAUAAAAUAGCUCUGAGUAACUGAAGAUGUUUCCAGUUUGUGUUAAUAAAAUACAUCUUUUGAAAGAAUGGAAUUCUUCAAAGAUUGGCAAAUUUUAUUUUAUUUCAUUAGCUUUAAUGUCACUGCCAUAUGGACUGUGAAGAAAAGUGAACCAUUAGAUGAGAGGGACUGAGUUAUCAGUGUGACACAGAAAGCAUUGAUACAAUUGUUAAGGGUAAGCUCUGGGAGUGAUUUAUUGCAGGCAUUGUAUUAGCCACAGAGGAGUUAUGAUAUGCUCCCCAUUCCUGUAUCAUAUUAGGAUUUUAUUAGUCUAAUAUGACACGGUAAUAUAAUAUAUGAUUAGAAUUCCCAUCCAGUUAGCCUUCCC